AUGGUCCGAAUCAAGAUUACUGGACCUGCGUCAACGGUCCGGUUACAGCAUGCACAACCUCACAAUGACCUUGUUUCCAGCACUACAACCUCCUCUUAUAUUCGGCCAUCUCCGGUACGAAGUGUGAUAGACGAUUCCUCUAGAUUAACUGCCCAGGAAGAUCCACUUCUGAUGCAAAAACAACAAAGUUUGGAAAUGGUAAAGAUCAUGCUGCAUGUAUCGUUCGGCACCCUCUUUUAUCUUCGGGAGUUUCUGCCACUUCCAUGCUUUGACGACAGGGAUCUGAAAGAGACACACCGGCAGCAGAAGUUUUCCUACCAUGAAUUCGUCAAUGGCAAUUUAAUAUCCAGCAUCGCUAGGGAGAAUUCCGAUGCCACUUUUGGGAGCGGUAGAAGAGGCCAACCGUUAAAGAUUCUUCUCCGUGGCUCUGAUCCUAAGACGGAUUCAAUUCUCGAUGUCCUAGAAACUGGUAUCUUUGAUGCUAUGAGCAAGAGAGUUCUCGAAGCCGUGCAAUUGACCAUUCUCGUUGACAAAAACGCCCCUGACAACGUAUUGGAAUCGUAUACCUUCUCAUUUAAAUACACUGGAGGACAAGGAAACCUAAAUGACCGCCUGGAAAGUAUCUCAGUAGAACCCGUCGGCUAUACCGCCAACAUGAAGUGUGCCCAGACUGCUCGAGUAGGGCUGGAAACAAUAGUUAGGCGUCUAAUAACGCUCAGCUCAUUUCUCCCUACCCUUCCAAACAAACGUAACCUUGGUAUUCACUUGUUCUACACUGAAGACUGUCCAUCCAAUUACGAGCCUCCUGGCUUUACUGAUGCAAGAGAUGGUACACUCCACUAUCCUCUAGCUGAGAAUUGGACAAAAGAGACCCAGACCUGUGGUGUGAUGGAUAGCGGAUGUCACAAGGUUGGACUCAAGGUGACAUCGCUCAAGUGGACUGGCCCCGAGCCAGAAGGGUCAGACUCAUUGCCUCAAAUACCGCCCAACCUUGAAUAUAAGGACACCGUGCCACGAUCAGACGAUAUAGGGGUUGAGGAUUGCAGUAAACAACAGAAAUCUACAGAUGGAGCAGGGAACCUUCACGAGGUGACGCAGGAUGUUGCUGAGAGGGAAAGAUUGCGAAUGAUGAUUCCUUCCCAAGAAACCCUAUCCUCGGACACUGACUUUAUUCCCACACAGCCCCUGAGGGCUAGUCUCGUGGCUGGGCCCGAUAAUAUGGAGGCCACAGGUCAAUGCCAGACACAUAGGUUCCUUCUUUCCAGGCGAAAGAUGGAGGAGAUUCGAGAGUAUUUCGAUUCACGAAACUCGGGUGCUUUGCGGAACGGCGAGAUUUGGAGGCAUGCUGUUAGAUGCGAGUGUGGCUGGGAAGGAGAAGAAAAAGCCAUGCUUGAAUGUGCUUUCUGUCAUACGCGACAGCACCUAGUCUGCUAUGGGUAUGAAGGUGUACAGGAUCCAAGGAUUCCAGAUGUUCAUGCUUGCUACCGAUGCCUCCUCGAGCAAAACGAAAGCUCAAUUCUUCAUGAAGUGAAGAAACUCACGCUCGUUAGAAGAACUCUCCGGGUGAUAUUAGAAGAAGGGUACCCAUGCAGAACGGCGCUAUUCUCCGAAAAAACCCACUGCAGUGGAUCGACUGUGAUUCAGAUAACGAAUCGUCUCCGGAAGGAAGGGUUUUUGCAACCAACUCCAGGCUCUAAAAGCAAGGGCUUUUUGCGAAAAGGAUUGCCGAAGUUCAGAGUUCCUCACUCCGAAGAUAUCCGACAAAGAAUGAAAAGGGAAAUCCUUGAUCCUAUGGUAAAGAUCCAACAUCAUUACACCAAGCAAUUCCCCCACGAUUCGCUCGAGGCACCUAGCCCCCCUGCGACUGACCUCAAUAACCUGAGCACACCCAACUCGCAACAGGAAGAAAUUUCUGCGAGUGGCUAUGACACAGAGAAUCAAGGAACACAAAAAUCCAAUGACAGAUUCGCGUCUUCAACUACGGUGAGCCACAAUGGGAAGGAUAAGCCAUCAUUGAUUUACUGCAAGCCGUAUGUGGCUGGCCAUUUGAAUCCCUCCACCGCGGACACAGCUAUACCGACUCGCAAGAGAACUAGAUCCUCCCAGAUUCACCCAGAGCCUGGGGUAAUUCCACUUCCAACGACUCCAACCCACGGAAGUCCAGGAGAUGGACUUCGGCGCAGCGCGAGAAAGAAACGCAAAAUUAGCAAUUACUCAAAACUCAUCGAUGUUGGAGCCGAGACAAGUGACAGCGAGCAGCCUGUGACAUCUUCACAGCCCUAG